CGGAUUCGAACCGGGCGGCGGGGAAGCGGCGGCCAUGGCGUUUCAUCAGGAGCUCAGCCGCGAGCACCAGGGCAUCACCCUCCGCGGCAGCGCAGAGCUCGUCGCCGAGUUCUUCUCGUAUGGAAUCAACAGCAUCCUGUACCAGCGGGGCAUCUAUCCCCCCGAGACCUUCACCCGCGUGCAGAAAUACGGGCUCACGCUGCUCGUCACCACGGACCCCGAGCUGACCAACUACCUCAACAACGUGACGGAGCAGAUGAAAGAGUGGCUGUACAAGUGCAUCGUGCAGCGCCUGGUGGUGGUCAUCACCAGCAUCGAGAGCAGCGAGGUCCUGGAGCGGUGGCAGUUUGACAUCGAGUGUGACAAAACUGCAAAGGAUGACAACGGACCACGAGAAAAAUCUCAGAAGGCAAUUCAGGAUGAAAUUCGCUCGGUCAUCAGGCAAAUAACUGCCACAGUAACCUUCCUGCCACUGCUGGAAUCUGCCUGUGCCUUUGACUUGCUGAUAUACACAGACAAAGAUCUGGCAGUGCCAGAAAAGUGGGAAGAGUCAGGACCACAGUUCAUAGCCAACUCAGAAGAGGUUCGGCUGCGUUCCUUCACCACCACAAUCCACAAAGUAAACACCAUGGUGGCUUACAAGAAGGAUUCUGUUCCCUAAAAUGCAGGGGGGAGUUUUGCCUGUGUAUAUAUCCUGUCACUUUGUAUAGUUUCUGUUUAUCAUGCAGCUAAGCCAUGAACACAUCAUUACUGUCCUCUUGAAAGACAACAUCCUUGYCUGUGAUAAUGUGAAGUAACACUAGACUGAGCUGGCAUCAUUUUUAAAGGUUUAAAAUAAGUAUUCAUGGUGAUAGCUCAAUUCUUUCUUGUAUGAGCUAAAUUAAUGAUGUGUUAAACCACUGCCUGUGCUAGAAWAACUGCCUAAACCUAGGAUUAGCUGCCAGAAUUGUGUUCAGAUCCUGUAAUYUUAUAUUUUAAAAUUAUUUUAAACUGCAUUCUGUUAGCAGACUUAAGUUCUCUGUAGCAACAUCUCAUUCCUGGUGUUCCAGCUUUCAUGUUAAAAGCCUCGGCUCUUUUAUUACCAGAUAUAAUCCUAAAAUUAAUCAACCAAACAAUUCUUGUACCUCUCUAGAAUGGAAGCAGCUUUGUAUCAGGAAAACUUCAAAUACAUGAAGCCUUUUAUUUCCCUGACCACUGGGCUCUAGUUCUGGGGACAGAGGUUUUCUGUGUAUGUCUGUAGCGUCUGUCCACCAUUUUCUAUGUAUUCUUCUUUUACAGAAUAAAGCCUCAAGUUUUAUAGAGUUCUCUAUUUCAGAGUCUGCGG